CUUAUCGAUAACAGUCAGGUGAUAUCGGAGGUAUCCAUAUCACGUGUGAAUGUUGCGUCAUGGCUGGGAGUGGCAUGCGAGUCCUUAAUAACGCCUGCAUACAUUCAAGAUGAAAAGCAGAAGGCCUCUGGCAUCGAUAACUCUACUUUUAACCCUCACUAGCUCCGCUACUGCACUUUGGGGCUUAUCUCUCCAUUUUUCACAACAGCAGCAGCCAUUAGUUCCUGCGCAGGGUCAGCAAUCCAUCAUGGACAAACUCAUCCCAGAUAUUCUCAAGCCCCAGACGACGGCUUCGAGUGAGGACGUCGUCGGCGGGGCAUAUCAACCAGUUGUCUCCGAUGUCCUUCCGAAGACAAAGGGAAUCAAUAUCUUUGCCCAGAUGACCCGAGAUUUCGACUCUAUCUCCUCGCGCCUCAAUGAUGCCUCCCGCAACAUCACAGUUCUAGCCCCGCGCAACAGCGCUGUGCAAGACCUACCACGCAAGCCAUGGGAGGAUCCCGAAGACUAUGCUAAAUUUGGUGAUGUGAAUGCCUAUGAGGGCACUGAUGGACAGGAGCGGGCGAGACGCAAUCUGCGGCGUUUCGUAGAGGCCCAUAUCGUGCCUGUUAGCCCGUGGCGUGCUGGCGACGAGGUCGAAAGCCUGGGCGGAGAGAAGCUAAAGUGGACGAAAGAGGGCGACAAGAUCAUUCUGCAACCGGGAAAUAUUGAGGUGGAAUCCGUUGCCGAGAAAGUCGCUAAUGGAGAAGUCUGGGUGUUGAACGGUGUGAUUAAUUACCGCUCGGAAUGACCGUACAUAGCUAUGAGAUUAUGAGAUGACAUGCUUCACGACGAAUGGAACGAGAUUAUAGUUAUGACACAUUUUACAAGUAAAUUGACACGUAAAGGCUGUGCCAGUUCCGAUGCCGCAAUGUCUUUUAUCUAUUCAGAGCCAGUGACUUGCCCUCCAUUGGUGCUGAUAUAUACACCGACUUGAGCAUGAAAUCCCUUUCCCCCCCAUUUCGUCAAUUAGUUCACCUCUGGCGCAAAGUUCCGCAGAACCCGCUCCUCAACACCAUCGAGAAUGCAGAAGUGCUCCAUGACCUCCAGAUUCUCCGCCUCGCUCAAGAACAGCUUGUCAGGGUCCUGGCCAGGCUGCAUGGGGUUCAUCAUAGCGGCGGGAUUGGCCAUACCCAUCUGCUGGGCCAUCUGGUUGGCAG